GAAGGGAGCCACUAUAAAUAAUAAAAUUUGUUUCGGUGAAAACGGACGGGUUCUUUUAAUAUAAAAACGAUUUUUUUUUUGGGGAAGGGUCAAUGCUUGGAUUACUUUUACAAGAAUGAAUUCUGAUGCGAGUAUAAAACCAAACCGAAAGAAAGCCUCGCGAGCCUGUUCUCAUUGCCAGAAAGCUCAUUUGACAUGCGACGAUUCUCGACCAUGUCAACGAUGUAUUAAAAGAGGACUGGAGAAUACGUGUACAGACGGAGCAAGGAAAAAAGCAAAAUAUCUACAGGAUGAUGAUCAAGAUUCCGAUACACGGUUUCAGUCAAAUAUGAUGACACCACCCUCCAUCCUAGGUUACGUUGAUGAAAAAUAUGGGUUUGGAAGUGAUGCAACGAAUUUGGAAUACGGAAUGAUCUCUAGCAUGAUUCCUUCACCUACAUUUCAUCCCCCGCCACAGCAGCAGCAGCAGCAGCAGCAGCAGCAACAACAACAAGCGUCGUCAUGGAUGCAGAUGGAACCGAAUACGAUGGUGAUGAAUAGUAGUUCUACGCAAUCAUCACCUAGUUUAUCGUCAUCGAAAAGCGAACAUCCCAAAGUGGUAGUACGAAGGAGGAAAGGAAUUGGAAAUACACCAGAAGAGAUUUAUUUUCGAGUGCAGAAACCGUAUAAUUAUGUAGAGAGUUAUCGUUAUUUGAUCGAAUACGCAAAGCACCGGAUGGGUAAAGAAGAAUUGGUGAGGAUUAGUCGAGCGCUUGUAUUAUUUCGACCGUCGUACAUGUCUGUGGUUGCUAGUUUAACGGAGGAAGAUUUAGUGUAUAUGGAGAAAUGUGUGCAGCGUACCUUAUUAGAGUUUGAGAAGCUGAUUAGUUUCUCAGGGACACCGACGGUGGUUUGGCGAAGAACGGGUGAAAUUGUGUUGGUGGGUAAAGAGUUUUUAUUAUUGACGCAAUGGAGUAAAGAGGCUCUACUGGGAAAAAAGACGUACAUUUACGAGUUGAUGGAUAAUGGAUCAACGGUGGAGUAUUGGGAAAAAUUCUCUCAGCAUGCGUUUGAUAAUGCAGAAUCAGGUGUUUACAUGUCUGUUAUCUUGAUGAGUCCUUCCUUUCGACCUGUGCCGUGUACGUUUUGUUUUACAUUGAAACGCGAUAUUUUUGAUUUGCCCUGUGUUGUAGUAGGAAACUUCUUGCCAAUACUGGGUGCUGCCACACCCCAUCAACAGCAACAGCAACAACAACAACAACAACAGAGCUAGAGUCACGUGAAUGAUGGUGUACGUAGUUCUCCCCGAAAAUUAACCCCCUC